AUGAACAAGGUCAGCAUGAAGUUGACCGACACGGUGAAGAGUGAGCAAGUGGAUAAAGAGAUGGCCGAUAUAAAGAAAUACCAGGCCAAAAUUGAAGAACUUGGUCAGAAAGUAUCAAACCUCAGUCGGGACAGCACCGAUGAAGUCGGCACCGAGCAAAGCCUUCACGUAGCUGCUUUGUUACGUGGUCUUGCUGAAAAGCUCGCUGCGCAGGAAGAGCAGGCAAAACAGACAGCUGUGGGAGUUGAGCAACUAUCGACGUCGCUCCAGCAAUUGAAUCCUAGUCCUACAAAGGUAGGGGCGGUGAGGAGGUGUUUGGUUUGGAUAGUGGAGUUAGAUGUGGGUUGUGAAUGUGAACUUGAUUGAUGGCACGUGUUAAGGAAGUGUAAAAUGUUGUGGAGUUCUUGCUUUGUUUGUGGAGUGAAUUUGAGAACAACGUAAAGGUAGAAGGGUCGUCAGUUGUUCCUCAAAAGAAA